CACGCACACGCACUCCGGCUCUGCUGCUGCACGCGUGCAGCCUGGAAAGCGACCAAACUGCACACUUCAACUCCAACAACCUGGACUUUCUAUCUGACUGUUUUAUAUUCUUUGUGCGCCGCUUUCAAGGCAGAUUAGCUGGAGUUAAUCUGAACCGUUUCCAGUGAGACUGCACGUUAAGCCUCCGGAGAGGACAUGCCGGGGUUUGUGGUUUUGUUGGCCGUGUUUGCACUCCUCUCAGCCGGGUUAAGGAGUUCUGUGGCCGCGGUGGAGAUGCAGAGCUCCGCCGUGCCAGCGGCGGAGAGGACAGCGGCGGCUGCGGGGAACAGCUCCGCGGUGGCCCGAGUGGAGAGCACCGGAGACGGGGACAGAGGAGCGGAGUGGGCCGGCUGCCCUGGCCGCUGUCGGUGCGAUGUGGACGGGCUGCUGCACCGGGUGGACUGCUCGGACCUGGGGCUCCGGGAGAUGCCGAGCAACCUGAGCGUCUUCACAUCUUUCCUUGAUCUCAGUAUGAAUAAUCUGACUGUGUUGUCCGGUGGAGCUCUGUCCAACCUGCACUUCCUAGAGGAGCUGCGGCUGGCGGGAAACGAUCUGUCAUUCAUCCCCAGAGGAGUGUUCACCGGCCUCUACAACCUCAAAGUGCUGAUGCUUCAGAACAACCAGCUGAAGUCUGUUCCUGCAGAGGCCUUAAACAACCUGCACAACCUGCAAUCACUACGUCUGGAUGCAAAUCACAUCUCCAGCAUUCCCAUUGGCUGUUUCUCCGGCCUACGCUCGCUCCGUCACCUGUGGUUGGAUGAUAACUCUCUGACGGAAGUGCCGGUGGAGGCUCUGGGCGAGCUGCCCGCCCUGCAGGCCAUGACGCUCGCCCUCAACCACAUCAGUCAUGUCCCAGAUCACGCCUUCAGCAAGCUGGGCCGCCUGGUGGUGCUGCAUCUCAACAACAAUAGGAUCGUUUCAAUGGGAACGAACUGCUUCCACGGACUCCACAGUUUGGAGACGCUGGAUUUGAACUACAACAGUUUGGUCGAGUUUCCAACAGCCAUCCGUUCACUCAGUCACCUCAAAGAGCUUGGUUUUCAUAGUAACAACAUCCAGUCGAUCCCGGAGCACGCCUUCACUGGGAACCCCGCACUGACCACCAUAUUUUUCUACGACAACCCGAUCCAGUCUGUUGGACGUUCUGCCUUUCAGAACCUACCAGAGCUACGCACACUCUCUCUGAAUGGAGCAGCAGAUCUCACCGAGUUUCCAGAUUUGACGGGAACCAAGAGCCUGGAAAGCCUGACUAUCACAGGAGCUCAGAUCACCUCUCUGCCCAGUUCAGUGUGUGAGCAGCUUCCAAACCUUCAGCUGCUGGAUCUCUCCUAUAAUCAGAUCCAGACUCUUCCCAGCUUCUCCGGCUGUGAGAGCGUUCAGAAGAUUGAGCUGCACCAUAACGAGAUAGAAGAACUGGAGGAGAACAUCUUUCACGGUCUGAUGUCACUACGCUCUCUUGACUUAUCGUGGAACAGGUUGUCAUCAGUGAAGCCAAACUCUUUCUCUGCUCUGCCUGCUCUGACCAAACUUGACCUGUCGUCCAAUCAGCUGUCGUCUCUGCCUCGGAUUGGUCUGCAGAGUUUAACUCACCUGCGAUUGGCUGGAAACACACAGCUGAUGGAGUUAAUACCCCAAGAGGACCUGCCCAGAGUCAGGGUGAUGGAGCUUCCUUAUGCUUUCCAGUGCUGUGCCUUCGUCUCCUGUGACAGGAGAGGAGGAGGAGGAGGAAGAGGAGGAGGAGGGUUAUCCUGGGAGAGAGAGGAGGCAGUAGACUCUCAUGGGAAAGAAACAUCUGUCCUCUCCAGCCAAGUCGAUCCGGACUGGAAUGAUUUUCUGGUGGACUUUGAAGAUGAGCCCAAACUUCAGCACUCUGUCCACUGCAGCCCAGCACCAGGCCCGUUCCGCCCCUGCCUCCAUCUGCUCGGCAGCUGGUUGAUCCGUGGAGGGGUGUGGCUCAUCGCAGCGCUGUCAUUGGUCAGCAACAGCCUGGUCGUCCUGUCUGUCUUCUUUUCCCCCGCCAGCUCAGUGACACCACCCAAGCUGCUGAUUGGUCUACUUGCCCUGGUGAACGGCCUGAUGGGAGUGUGGAGCGGCUGGUUGGCGGCGGUGGAUGCCUGGACGUUCGGCAGCUUCUGGAGGUACGGGGCGAGGUGGGAGAGCAGCUUCCUGUGUCGACUCAGCGGCUUCCUGUGUGUAUUUGCGUCGCAGACCGGCCUCUUCCUGCUCACCGCCGCAGCUCUGGAGCGGUGUCUGGCCGCCGCAGCACACCGCCGCAAGCCCGACGGAGGUAAUGGUCGCUCCUCCUCGCCGCUGUCCGUUAGUAUGGCCGUCUGUCUGUGCUUCCUGUUAGGCCUGGCCGUCACGCUGCCUCCACUGGUGGCCGGACACAGUAGUACCUCCCUCUGUAUGCCUUCCUCCUCCUCAUCAUCCUCCCUGGCCUUCUCCGUCUCCCUGGUGCUCCUCGACUCGUUGUGUUUCCUCGUCAUGACGCUCGCCUACACUCGCCUCUACUGCCGGGCCAACAAAGCUCCACCCGCCACUGAGGAGGAGGUGGCGUUGACUCGACAUGUAGCCUGGCUGCUCUUCUCCGACUGCCUCCUCUACCUCCCCGUUGCCUUCCUCUCCUUCUCCUCCUUGAUGCGCCUCUCCGCAACCGGGCCUGAGGCCGCGAAGGCGGUGCUGCUGCUCGUGGCUCCGCUGCCGGCUUGCGUCAACCCGCUGCUCUACAUCCUCUUCAACCCACUCGCUCGGCAGGAGCUGGCAGCGCUCGCCAAACGCACCUGUAGGGCUGUGGGGGUACCCAGACUCGGCAGAGGACGAAGAGGAGGAGGAGGAGGAGGGGGAUCAGUUGGAGGGAGGUCGAGGCCGAACGUGAUGGAUUCAACGUACGACGAGGACGCAGAGAAACAGUCAUGUGACUCGACGCAGGCUCUGGUGGCAGUCGGAGGAGCAAAGGAGGACGAGGAGGAGAGAGGAAGAGGAAGGAGAGGGAUGCAACAUUCAGUGGAGUUUGUUGUUCCACAUCAUUAGACUGACACACAAACACACACACGGGGUCUGAAGUUCUCACCUGCCAAAUAUCUCCACAAAACAUCUGCUGAAAAAUCAAAGAACCGUAGAGCUCGUUGGAUCCAGUCCGUUUAGAUCCAGUCUGCGGUCGUUUUGUUGGUUUUAUAGUAUUUUGGGGGAAUUUCUUUCGUUGGGGAAGAUCUGAGACUGGUCGGAACUUUUAUCGGCUCAAAUGAUCCUGUAGCGUGUGGGGUUUACAGACAUAACCUUAAGGUCGCCGACUGGAUCUGAUUUAUUUACGAUUCGAAAUCGCGACAGCCAAUGAGAGCGAGCUGAUCGGGAAGCGUCGCCAACGUGUUGUGUAUUUGCUCGCGCUAUAAAAUGUAUAAACCUGCUGACUCUCAGCCUCGAGUUCAUCCACAGUUUGAUUCUCUUAUUUUGUUUUUCUGUCCAAAAACACAGUACACACAAGGUCAACCAGCUGACGACGACAGUCUGCCUCCAUGUUUGUUUCUGUCUGAAACAAGUUUGCACAUAAGCAAGGGCCCGAUGGCCAGUUAAAGUGUACGGCGGGCAAGCAGAUUGGUCCAUUUGGGGAGUGUUUACACCUCUACUCAAGCUACUAAAUGCUGCUAACUAUCUGUAACGUUACUUAGUUAGCCGUGCAGUUAGCAGUCCUAUUAGCUGACUCAGCACCGGGGUGAAAAAGCCAGACACGGCAGGAAAAAUGUUACACUGGACACUAGUCUGAAGUCACGUUUAAUGAAGUGUUUAGUUUAAUAUAAACGCAGAGUGUGUGGUCCUGCGUCUGGACUGAAUCGCCUUCUAUGUGUGUUAUUAAGAUUAAAAUU